AUGUCCCGCCCCCUCGCGCGCCUCGGCCUCACCGCCGCCCGCACCAGCCGCACCUCGGCGGUCGCGCCCGUCGGCAUCCGCGCCUUCUCCUCGUCCCAGUCCCGCAUGGCGUCGCCCGCACAGAACGACUACUCGAAGGGUCCCUCGGCCCUCGACAAGGCUUCCCAGCUCUUCUUCUUCUCCGAGAUCGUCCGUGGCGGCUGGAUCGUCCUCGAGCAGAUGUUCCGUCCCCCUUACACCAUCAUGUACCCCUUUGAGAAGGGACCCCUCUCCCCCCGCUUCCGUGGCGAGCACGCUCUGCGGCGAUACGCCAACGGCGAGGAGCGCUGCAUCGCGUGCAAGCUGUGCGAGGCCAUCUGCCCCGCCCAGGCCAUCACUAUCGAGUCCGAGGCCCGUCUCGACGGUUCGCGCCGCACCACCCGCUACGACAUUGAUAUGACCAAGUGCAUCUACUGUGGUUUCUGCCAGGAGGCAUGCCCCGUUGAUGCCAUUGUCGAGACCCAGAACUACGAGUACUCGACCGAGACCCGCGAGGAGCUCCUGUACAACAAGGAGAAGCUUCUCCAGAACGGCGACAAGGCCGAGGCCGAGAUCGCCGCCAACCUCCAGUCGGACCACCUUGACAGCGUGCUCCUGUCUCUACCUCCUCCCUUCCCUCCCCCGUUCCCUGCCGUUGCCAUGCCGCCGCCUCCGAAACACCGUCGCUGA